AUAAAGUAAACUAAAAAACAUUGUAUAAAAUGGUUGAUGCAAGAGAAAUUUUGGGUGUGGAUUCUUUAGAGUGUCAAUUAAACAAACAGCCGAAGAUUAAGCGACUUUCUGAAGGAACAUUUAAAAAACCAGGUGGUAUGCACAGAGAAUUGUAUGCACUUCUGCAAAGUGAUUAUAGGGAUCCUCCAACACUUGCACCAACUGACACUGGCUUUAGCUAUAAACAGCCUAAAGCAAAAAUUGGGCGCAGCGUUGUGCGACAAUGGAGGUGGACCUCAUUUUUAAAUCCAGCCAGAUCAGACAAUCUAAUGCUUUACCAUUGGCGUAGGAAGCAAGAAGAUGGGAAAGAAUACCCAUUUGCAAAAUUUGGAAAGCUGAACAAUCAAGUCAGUUAUUCAGACGAGGAAUAUGAACUUUAUCUUCAAAGUGAAAGUGAUGGGUGGACAAGAGAAGAACUAGACCAUUUGUUUGAGCUAUCAAGGCAGUUUGAUCGCAGAUUUGUUAUCAUGUUUGAUAGAUAUGAUAUUGAUAAGUAUCCAGAUCGAUGUAUGGAGGAUUUAAAGCAAAAGUACUACAAUGUUGUUCAAAAACUAAUCAAAGUGAGAACAUUACCUGGCCAAGAGCCAAAAGAUUUGCCACCAAAUUUUGAUGGAGAACAUGAAAAAAAUAGAAAAGAACAACUUAUACAAAUCUUUAAUAGAACACCUGAACAGGUUGAAGAAGAAGAAAUGCUUGUUAGUGAACUAAAGAAAAUUGAGUCACGUAAAAAAGAUCGUGAACGUAAAUCACAAGAAGUAACUAAAUUAAUCCAUGCAGUUGAUGCCAAACCAGGACAGAUGUUGGAGCAACAGCACUUAUUGAAAUUAAAUGGUAGUGACAUCCAAAGUAAUAAAAAAUUAGGCAAAAAAAAGAAACGUUUGGAAAAUGAUUUAAAAGCUAUUAAUAAAGAUCAAAGUGGUGUGAAGUUUCCAGAUAUCAAAGGUUCUGGUGUUUUCCUGAGGAGUAGCAAAUUAAAAAUGCCCCCGUCAAUUGGUAAUAAGAAAUCGAAAGCCGUUGAACAGUUACUGGAGGAGUUAGGAGUUGAUAUUAUACCGAUGCCUACCGAAGAGAUAUGUCAAAGCUUUAAUGAAUUGAGAAAUCAGUUACUUUUAUUAUAUGAGUUAAAACAAGCAAUGGGAAACUGUGAAUACGAACUACAGAGCAUGAAACAUCGUUAUGAAAUACUGUACCCGGGGAAAAAAGCUGCCGACUUAGUUGGUAUGUCGUUAGAACCUCCUCCUGAAACUCCUGAGGAUACCAGGAGUGCUGGCUGCAAUCAGUUGCUUAUAGACUCACUUGUGCCGUUAUCAGCUGUCAGCGCGCGUAAAAGACGAGCAGCCUCUUCACUUUUAGAGUCAAACCCAUGGAAAAAACUGAAGAACAUUUAGUUAAACUAUGAAAUUUUUUUAGUCAGUCAAACAACGAGAAUUUUUUCCAUGAACUUAUUAAAUAUUACAAUGUAAUUAACAGAAUAGAAUAUGUACAGAAUUUGCUUAAAACCACAAGUUUCAUGACGACCAGGUAUUCUGAGAUACGAAGAGUUAAUUAUUGUUGUCAAUGGUUUUCGUAUUGUUGCUGUUAACCUGUUGAGAUCAAAUGCAUCCUAUCAAUUUUAUAUUUAUUAAACGAUUAUCAUACUUGUGACAAUCAGAUACGUUUAAUCAACUCUACUGUAUCUAGAUAUUGGAUUUAGUAAAUUAUUGAUCUUCGGUUGA